AUGGAUUCUUCAACUACAGCCUCCAAGAAUGCUACAACGCAACGUCCAGUAAAGCUGGAUGAGGCAUUUUUAAUGACCAAGUUCGGUCUGUAUAAUCUAUGCCUGAUCGCCAUUUCCGGCACCAUCCUGGCCGCGGUACUGUUGGAAACGCUCGGCAUCAGCUACGUAUUGCCAGUGGCCGAGUGUGACCUACUGCUGACUAACCGCGAGAAAGGCGUACUGAGUGCAAUCUCGUUUGCGGGCAUUAUUUGCAGUUCCCAUCUGUGGGGCUUUCUGGCGGAUACGCGUGGCCGACGGGCCAUCAUCAUGCCAACACUCUUUCUAGCCUUUGCCUCAUCGGCCCUGUCUAGCCUUACCACCAACUUUUGGUUGAUUACCGUGAUGCGAUUCUUGACUGGAUUUUUCAUCUCUGGUCCAUCUGCAACCAUUUACGCGUAUCUGGGAGAGUUCCACGGUAAGCGGAACUGCUCCCGCGCAAUUAUGGGGGCAUCGUUCGUGUUUGGCGUUGGUUCGAUUCUGCUUCCAUUGAUUGCUUGGUCGAUUAUCAAUCAGGAGUGGGAAUUUACUAUUCCGGUCCUGAACAUCAUCUACCGACCGUGGCGUUUGUUUUUGGUGGUGUGUGCCCUGCCGAGCUUGAUCAGUGCGCUAGCGUUACUUCGGCUGCCGGAAAGUCCUAAGUAUCUGCUGUCACAUGGGCGAGAAGCGGAAACGAUUACGAUACUUCAAAGCAUGUACAGGUGGAACAGGAGUAGACGUGAUCCUCCACUUGUGUUGACCGGGCUACUGCAGGAAACGGAAGCCCAACAGACAAAGGUUCGCCGUGAGGAAGCCGCUAACAAUAAGAGCGUGGUUGGGCUGUUGAAACAAAUGUGGCAUCAAACUAUACCACUGUUUAUGGGAUCGUACCUGAAGCGAACAAUCAUCAUCUGUGUGCUACAGUUCGGUAUAUAUCUUACGUCCAGCGGGAUGUACAUGUUCUUCCCGGACAUACUGAACCGGAUAGCGGAACAGCAGGGUAAGGGAGUGGAACGGAUCACCGUUUGUAAUGCGGUCUAUGCGACGCGUUUCGAUAUUCAGGACCUAGUCAAUCUCCAAUCCAAUGGUACGGCACGCUCUGAUGUAUGCCACCAGAAGCUGGAUAUCUCCGCCUACGAGCAUUCGUUCGUGCUGGAAGCGAUCUAUGCGCUUGGGUUUGCCGUAAUCGGACUGAUCAUCAACGCGGUCGGACGGCUACCGAUACUGGUGUUCAUCUUUACCCUCUGCGGUACAUGUGGUGUGCUGAUCGUGUUCAUCGAUCUGCCUCUGCUGGCUAUCUGGUUCUAUUUGAUACUUCUUACGUGCGGGUUUUGCAUCAGCGUCGUUAACGCGUGCGCAGUUGACUUGUUUCCAACGAAUCUACGUGCUAUGGCGGUUUGCAUCUCGCUGAUGUUUGGUAGACUUGGAAGCAUUGUCGGGUCCAAUCUGGUAGGCUUCCUGCUCGAUACGCACUGUGAGCUAACGUUCUGGAUUUCCGGCCUGCUGUUGGUUGGAUGUGGUGUGCUAUCCUUCUUCAUACCACACAUUUACAAACGCCAGGCGUCGGAAAGGAUCAGCGUAUCAUCGCGAUGAGAGGCGGAAGAUAAA